AAAAGCAGACUACCGGGCCGUGGGUCUGCAGCAAAAGGCCGAUGGCCUAUCUUGGCACACCCUCCGCCAUCCAGGACGCGUAGAUGGUGCCGUGUGGGGGAAGGACAUGGUGGUGCAGUACAGCGAUGGAUGCAGCGUCGCCACACGUUGUACGCGGUUGUUUACGUUGGCUGUACGUGUGUUCGCGAAGUUGUCAUGGCUUGGCAGCAAGAGGCGCAGCCCUACCUAGGUAACCGUCCGCGCGAGGAAGGAGCGCUGGAGGCCUCGAUCUAUACCGCGAUCCCACCAUCUCUCUCCUUUCCACCAAGACUCACAGACUCGGAGCCAUCUCGUGUUUCGUGCGGUUCUGCGCUUUGUUUUUGCGCAGUCACUUCAAACGCUCCUGCGACCGUUUAACAUUGCGGAACCGCUCCGCCCGUAGCAGCAGACAUGGAGCUCAAGAAGCGCCUCAACUUUGGCAGCUUGAUGCGCAAACGGUCUUCCCAGGAUGUCAAUAUCGAUCCAAAUGCUGACACGCCCGAGGCCAAUGCCACCAGGGGAGUGAUGCUCUUCUGCGAGUCUGGUGCCGCCAACUCGGGCGAAGAAGUCCUCCACCUGCCUACCAUCGUCGAGUCCGCCGUCGCAAGCCCGAGCGCUGCAUCAGCCGCCGCCAGACAGAUCCGCAUCUUCCUCUCCAAAGAAAACUACGCCCGCCCUCAUGUCCAGUACAAUGCCAUUAUGCUCAUCAGAAUCUUGGCCGACAAUCCGGGCCCUUCUUUUACCAAGAACCUCGACAAGCAGUUCGCCGAUACAGUCAAGUACCUACUCCGCAAUGGUCAAGACCCAAGUGUAGCGCAGAUUGUCAAGGAGACGCUGGAUUCCAUGGAGCGAGAAAAGGGAUAUGACACCAACCUAAACACGCUGUUCACCAUGUACAAGAAGGAGAAGGGCCUUAUGGCUGUUGCCGCAAAGCAGUUCGGCCCCCGGAAGCUCAAUGCGCCAGGUUGGUCAGGGUCCCAGAACGUACAGGGCGGCUUCAGUUCAGGGCACAGGUCGUCGUCUAAGACAUUGCCGCCACCAGCAGAGCUUGCAGGUCGCAUUGAGGAAGCGCGCACAUCGGCCAAGCUUCUCUUACAGCUUGUCCAGUCCACACCAGCAAAUGAACUACUUGGUAACGAACUGGUCAAGGAGUUCGCUGAGCGCUGCACGACCGCCCAGCGUAGCAUACACGGCUACAUCGCAUGCGACAAUCCGGCACCCGACGAUGAUACUAUGCUCACGUUGAUCGAAACCAACGAGCAGCUCUCCCUCGCUGCUUCCAAGCAUCAGCGCGCCAUCCUCCAGGCCCGUCGGUUCAUGGGUGCCUCGCCGUCUCCACCAGUGCAGAAUGGAAACGCCAUGCCGCCGCCGCCGCCAAAUGGUAACACUAGUCCAGCUGGUGUGCCUACACACAGCGAUGCGCCUUCGAUACCCUCCAUGAACUUUGGAACGAUGCAGCCCACCCAACCGGCUGGCACAACAUCUACCAACUAUGGAAGCGACGAAAACAAUCUUCCUCCGUCACUGCAGGCCGCACCGAAUCGUACACAACCGAGCGCACAAGAAGAGAACCCGUUCGCUGAUCACUAUACGACUACAUACACACCUCCAGCGCACCAGAACUCGUCAUCGGCCAACGAUUAUGGUGGCCCACCAGAUCCUUACCAUCCAGGCUUUCAAUCAACUCCGUCGUAUCUGGGUCGGCAAGAGAGCUCUGCAAACAACUUGACCAUGCACGGUGCGCAACCACCGAUUCAGGAAGAAGACGAACACAUGCGACCGCGCAUUGAACGCCCACGGACGCCUGAUCUCAACGUGCCUCAGCAACAGGCCCACGACGUUUCGCCCGUCGCUGAACGUAAUACCGUCACGUAUAGAUACUAGGAAUCUUGCGAUGGAGGAUCGCGCGGCGGACCAGACCCGGACAGGAUGAUGUGGGGUAACGUUUGACAGGCCCGAUUUCUCCCUUUGGACCCAACGGGUAACGCUGAUGCUUUGAAAUCACAAAGUGUACAUGCUCUUUCUUGUUGCGCAGAGUCGGAGAGCUCGAAAUUUACAGGGCGGCUUGGAGCGCGAUAUUUAGGAAGAGAUACCAUGGUUGACUAUGAUUUGGAUUUAUAGUUUAAUGUUCUUCUACCUUGCCAUGCCCCGCACUUGAGCGCAAGGCUGUGACCUCAUGCAGCCC